ACGACACGAUGGUGUCACUUUCUUUUUUUCAAAUGGAAGUGGGUGGAUUGCAUUUGUUUUAAUUAAAACAUUAGUAUUUUUCGUUUCGAAUAGUUAAUUGUAACACUAAUUAAGUUUAUUUUAUUAAUAACAAUUAUGGUUUUAAGUGACAAUCUUCUAAGUGUUGUAUUUAGCGAAGGUUGACUCGGUACAGCUAUUUUUAUAACCUAAAUUAGUCAUCUAGCGAAGAUAAAUGAAGAGGUAGCAACUAGUUUGUGGAAACAUUACAAAAUCAUUUUAUAUAUUCGUCCUUGGGUAAUGAAACUGCCAACGUUUUGGAGCAGGUAAGCGAGACGCGGUUGCAUUUAGUGGUGCAGUACCGAACGAGUCACACAUCAGUGUCAGCCCUCACAAACCAGUUAUUUCGGUUUAAUUAUUUUGCUUAAAAAAACCAAAGAUGGCGAGCUUAUACAGCUGGUACAGAGACCUCAUGGACAACAGGGGUGACCCCCGAGUGAAGGACUGGCCGAUGAUGCAGUCUCCACUGCCAACUCUCGCCGCCUGUAUAUGCUACGCAAUAUGCGCCAAAGAGAUCGGACCCCGCCUUAUGGCUAACAGGAAACCCUUCGAAUUGAGAAGCGUGCUCAUCGUAUACAAUCUCGCGCAGACCAUAUUCAGUGCCUGGAUAUUCUAUGAGUACCUGAUGAGCGGUUGGUGGGGCCACUACGACUUCAGAUGCCAACUCGUUGACUAUUCGCGAAGCCCGAUGGCAAUGAGGAUGGCGAACACGUGUUGGUGGUACUACUUCAGCAAGUUCACGGAGUUCGCGGACACGCUGUUCUUCGUGCUGCGCAAGAAGAACGAGCACGUGUCCACACUGCACGUCAUCCACCACGGCAUCAUGCCCAUGUCCGUCUGGUUCGGGCUUAAAUUCGCGCCAGGUGGUCACAGCACAUUCUUCGCUCUUCUGAACACGUUCGUGCACAUAGUGAUGUACUUCUACUACAUGGUUUCGGCCAUGGGCCCCAAGUACCAGAAGUACAUCUGGUGGAAGAAGUAUCUCACCGCCUUCCAGAUGGUUCAGUUCGUGCUAGUGUUCAGCCACCAGCUGCAAGUGCUAUUCCGGCCGUCGUGCACGUACCCCCGCGUGUUCGUGUACUGGAUCGCCAUGCACGGCUUCCUGUUCCUCUUCCUGUUCAGCGACUUCUACAAGGCGCGCUACACCGCCUCCGAGAAGAAGUCCAGGAAACCAGCGAACGGCUUGUGUAUGGCGGUGCUGGAUGAUAGCAGUUCGCUAAACGGCAAGCAUGGCUACAAGCAGGAAGACGGCGAGGUACCCAACUCGUACGCGUCGUCGGCGGCGGAUGCGUUCGUGCGGCGGCGGCCCGUGUCAUAGUGGCGCCCUCUCCCGCGCGUCACGUCACCACUACAACAAUCCGAUCCUCCCCCUGACGGACGCCCAUCAACAAUCACUCUCGAGCUUGUUCGUACGGAGGUGAUCAAACACCGCCUUUGAAUACCAUUUAAGGUACUCGCCCUUAAGUAGUAUUUAAUCGCCCCUAUUGUUAGGUAUUAAACGUUAAUGCACAAAGUCACUUUAUAUCUUGAUUGAAUGCCUUGUAAUUUUAAGUGCAAAAACUAUUGAAUAUCCGUUCUAUUGAUCGUUAUCGUGUGUAUGGUUUGCGGUAUAUGUAUGCAUAUUGAGUUUAGACGUUAGUUAUGUGUAUUUCUUUAACUUAAAAUGUGUGUUUGAUAUAUUGUGCUAAUCAUACUAAUUAUAAUUGGUAGGUGAAAGUGAGAAGGGCAUUUUGUAUUGUGUUGUGUAUAUACUUCUACAAUGAUAAAUCAUAGCUAUUAAUCACGUAAAAAUAGUUUUACAGAAGGUUAACGGAUUUGUAAAUAUAAUUUUAUUACGAAGUUGAAGAAAGCAAAUAAUGAAUUAAAUGUUACCAAACAGUUGCACGAGUCCAGUGUCGGUUACAACAUUGUAUGAUAUCUAUUCUUUGGAUACUUAUUUCUGUACUCUGUGCUCAAAUAUUUCAUACUGAAUUUAUGUAUCUUCCUUUAUAUGAAUACUUUUUCCAUCUUUUAUAUAUACUAUAUACUUUGUACUUUGUAAUUUUUCAAGAGGCAGAAAGGGAAUAUUUUAGAAAUAUUUUAACGCAGAAUCUCUUCAGAAUUCAAUGAUGAUGUUUUUGUAGCCUACAACCGUGUGUACUCGAACUCUAAUCAAAAAUAUAUGCAAGUUAUUGCAAAUAGUCCUGGUGAGUGAUAACCAGGCGGGGGGACGAGUGCGCGCGGCUCAGGCAUGAAAUCACGGAGCUAAUGUUAGUAUUAUUUGGUACCACGUGUCGGUGGAUGCUUUAAAUGUUGUGCAACGUGCGGUGUGCGCCGGCGGCAGUGCGCAGGCCCGCGGCCGGCCACACCACAAUAACUGCUCAAGUAUUUGCUGCGUAUUCACUCUUUUGCAACUUUAUUUAUUAUUGUAAUAAAGGAUUUUACAAAAUGCAUUAA